AGCACCAGACAACAACACACGUUUUUUCUUGGAGCAUGAGCUGAACUACAAAUCAUUUGAAUAGUUUGCAUGCAAUGUAAUGAAAUGAACAAAACUGGACAGAUAACGCCUUGGGAUAUAUACUUAAUGUUAUUCUUUGCCUGUUUACCAACUACAUGAACGGAGAAGAAAACGGUACCAUGAAAUGGAGAUGACUCGGACCAGACCGUCGUUGUAUGGAGAAAUCGCUCAAGGUCUUGGCUUCUGGGCGGACCGGUCCGCUGUGCAUGAGGCAGCUGCGCAGGGCAGGACCCUCCAGCUACAGCAGCUGAUUGAAGGGGGUGCAGCAGUUAACAUCAUGGCAGUCAGUUCGAUAACCCCCCUGCAUGAGGCAUGUAUACAGGGACAUACCCAAUGUGUUCGACUGCUGCUGGAUGCUGGUGCACAGGUAGAUGCUCGGAACAUUGAUGGCAGCACCCCGCUGUGUGAUGCCUGUGCAGCCGGCAGCCUUGAAUGUGUCAAGCUGCUGUUGGAGUACGGAGCAACAGUUAAUCCCCCAAUGUUUACCUUCACGCCGCUUCAUGAAGCUUGCAUGGGAGGUAAUUCAAAGUGUGUCCAGUUCAUGGUUGAUCAAGGAGCUUACAUCGAUGCUCAUGACUGCCACUAUGGGACACCGCUUCAUGUAGCCUGUGCAAGGCAAGAGUACGACUGCGCCAAAGUUCUCCUCAAUGCAGGAGCAAAUGUGAAUGCUGCCAAGCUACACGAGACAACUCUUCAUCACGCAGCCAAAACAAAGAGUGUUGAAUUGAUCGAUCUACUUGUGGAGUUUGGGGGCAACGUGUAUGCGAGGGAUAAUCUGAAAAAAAAGCCCAUCCACUACACCAGUCAGGGGUCUCCCUCUUAUCUCUGCCUUGAGUACUAUGAGAAUACCCCUCUAAGUCUACAGCAGAUCAGCAGAGUGGCUGUGAGAGGGGCUCUUGGCAUAAGAGCAUGUGAAGUUGUUUCCAAGUUGGACCUGCCCAAUCGCAUCAUAAGUUUCCUUUCUUACAUGCCAACUCCAGUUAUUGAAAUCUAGUUAGCAAUGAGAAAUUUUAGCUUCCAGAAAAAUCUGGAGCGCUUAUAUCUGCUGACUGCAGAUCUUAGAAACUCGUAUGACAAGAUGUUGAAGCUGGCAGAAGUGCAGCACAGAUGAGUUGUCUUAACCCUGCCAAACUAGUUUGGUGCAGAGGGAUUUCACAACAUCAAUAAUCAGAAUGUUUACUAAAUCAAAUUAAGGCAACUUUGAUUAUUGUACCAUAAUUUCAUCAGGAAGUUCUGGUUUACCUGUCAACAAACCACUGCCUAGUUACACCCCCGGAACACAUACAGGAACAGGAGUAAAUGUUAAACCCAUUAUUUACUUGCAUUCAACUCUAAUUGUAUCUACUGACUCAGAAAAUGUUCUAACCAGCCAUUAUUUUACUCAAACUCAACUCUGCUGUUUGUCAUAAGCCUGUUUGGAUGAAAAAGGUUUACUUUUGGUGUUUAAGAAAGAUUAGGCCUGGGCUGUGUUUGAUACAAACUUACUGCAUACCACAUCACGUCCAUCUUUAUGUUCUACAUACUGCUUACUAAAUUAACAAUCAGGUAGGCCAUGACCAAAAGACUGUUCACACGAAGUAAACUCGAGCAAUACGUCUUAUUUGCAUCACAUGACUUAACGGUCACAACUUUACCUGUCCGAACUUGCGUUCCAGAUUAAAAUAGUUUUUCACAAAUGUAAAUCGACAUCACCUUUUCUACUCAAUUCAAUAUUUUCUAUAUAAAAUAUUCAUACAUUUAAGGCUAAUUUAAGUUAUUAAGUGUUUUAUUGAUAACUUGUGGGUCAGUCAGGUAUGUAACCUAACGUCUCUUACUCUUGCUAUUCUAGAAAACAUCCUGGUGUUUCUCACAUAAACAAAAUACACAAACUAUGCAGGUGGAACAUAAAUAUAAUACAUUUUGCAUCAUACCAGUAUGAAUAGUAAUUUGGCAUUUGAUUUUGAAGAGACCCACAGAUUCUCCACCCACUUGUUACACCAACAACUUUUAUCUUUGUAACUAUAGCGACUCUGAUGGCCAACAGAGCACAGCCCACCUUUACCCUGAGCACAUUCCUCUUCAGCCACACCUAAGCGGACAUUAUAUAUUAUAAAAUGUAUACAUUUGAACUGAUCUAGCUCAAUAUGAUCAAGUAAGUGUGAUGUUAUUAUAGAUCCUGUAAUAUUUAGCUAAACUCAGAGGGAACAUGAAGUGGUUUUAUAACUAGGGUUAUAUCACUGUAUGUAUUUGUAUAUAACUUGCAUAUUACUUUUUAAUGUAAAUGUGUAAAUAAUACAGAUGGUUCUACCUCGAUCAAAUGUGUCUAAGUGAAAAGACCACUUCAGUAUUUUAAAGAUAAUUCUCAA